UCAUAGCCACAAAUAACUCACUUUCUCAACACAACACAAAUCAUCUUCACUUUCUCAAACACAACCAGAAACUCAUUCAAACUUUAAAUACAAAAGUUUGAAUAACAAAAAAACACAAACAAAAAACCUUAAACUGAACUGAUAAUGCUGUCACGUGGCAUCAUCUCCACUCCUCACCCAACCUCCUCUCUCCGCCUUCAACCACCAACCGCAACCGUCCCCCGAAACGUCACCGUUUCAUUAUCGCGGCCCCUCCACAGCGACUACCCACUAUCCAUCUCCGACUCGGUGCUGGAGUCACGCGGCUUCGCGCUGCGGCGGAGCGUGGAGGGACUAGACCUGGAUGAGCUGAACGGCGUGUUCGUGGCGGUGGGAUUCCCUCGGCGCGACCCGGAUAAGAUCCGUUUGGCGCUGGAGCACACGGAGUCGAUGGUGUGGGUGGAGCAGCGGAGGACGCGGCGGGCGGUGGCGUUCGCGAGGGCUACCGGCGACGGCGUGUUCAAUGCGAUUAUAUGGGACGUGGUGGUGGACCCGUCUUUUCAAGGGAUUGGGCUUGGGAAGGCUGUGGUGGAGAGGAUUAUUCAGGAUCUUGUUGGGAAAGGGAUUUCCAAUAUUGCCCUUUAUUCAGAGCCUCGUGUUCUUGGGUUCUAUAGACCUUUGGGUUUUGUUGCUGAUCCUGAUGGUAUUAGAGGAAUGGUGUAUUCUAGAAAACAGAAGAAAAAAACAGGACCAUUGUGAAGUUGAAUCAAUGGGAAGAAUGGUCCUUCUCUUUUUUGGGUUAAGGUUGUAUAAUUUAUUGUUGUUUAUACCUAAUUAUAGCCGCCAAAUUCAUAUUUUUUAUUUUGAGGCGCUUUUGAUUAUGGUAUCAUAUUAUCAUGAUGCAUGACAGUAUGAGGUCAAACUGGUAGGGAGCAAUGUAUGUGUUAGAGUGAGUCAAAAAAUGAAUCACCAAAGUUGAGAUGAGCACGGUCGUAGUAGUCCUCUGAAAGUUUCAAUGCCAUGUUCACAAUCUUCUUCAUUCAUGAGAUAUGAGAUAGCUAAGCAUUUAGUCGUAAA